AUGAGGGUGAAUUCGAUCAACGAGCGAAUAAACCUUGGCCACUUUAACAGAGCGACAGCACAAGUCGGGCCCAACGAGUAUUCUCUGGCAGAACGCUAUCAAAUUUCAGAAAACAUUAGAACAUGCAAAGGCUACAAGACUGUCCUCCUCAGUAUUCUGGGGUUUAACCUAAUUUGUAUCGGAGCAGUUGUGAUUGACAAUUUCAGAGUGACAAUAUUUGUCAAGAAUAUUGCGAACACUGCUUUGAACUAUGCAACUCUGAUGUAUGGUUUCACGGUGCAGUUAGUGAACUUCUACUACAGUAACCUAUGGCAAAGCGAGCUAAAACGCAUGAUCAGCAAGGUUUGCCCGAAGCGACAAAUCAACGACAGGACGGUAGGUAUAAAAUCUACAUUUGGCAAGAAGAUGCUCGUCGACGGUACUGAGUAUUCCAAACGAUACUUCGAAAUGUUAAGAAAAAAUUGGUCAUAG